AUGUUGCGAAUUAUAAAAUCAUUCGGACGCCAUCAGGAAGACAGUCAUGAGGGUGUAUUGGUUCCUCUCGAACAAGUCCAAAGAUAUGCCAGUGUCCCGGGCGACGACGAGAAUGAUAUCGCCGACCCACGUCAUACCGGUGCUGGUCAGCUGAAAGUAGCUGGGGACGACGAUAAUGACAACGACAAUGCUCCUUUAUUAGUGACAGACGGCGGUGAGAGCCUUGCACGUCUUCGCGCUGAGAUUGAAGCAGACAUGACUACGUCCGACUCGCAGACGACAUACGACCUUAAAUCGAAAGUGUUCAAUAAGGCAAUCCAGGACAUUGGUAUGGGCCGGUAUCAAUGGGAGUUGUUCGCAUUAUGCGGGAUGGGGUGGUUUGCAGACAACCUAUGGAUGGGAGGCUUGUCCCUUGUCCUACCGCGUAUGUCGAUUGAGUUUGGGAUCGAUGAAAACAAGGUCCGGUACACGACAAUGUUCACGUUUAUUGGCCUGUCGAUUGGAUCCUCGUUCUGGGGCAUAGCUUCGGACAUAAUUGGCAGACGGCCUGCCUUCAAUGCGACAUUACUUCUCUGUGGAGCCUUUGGAUUCGCUACUGGCUUUGGACCGUCUUGGAUUGCUACGUCUAUGCUGUUUUUGUGCAUGGGUCUUGGAGUGGGCGGUAAUCUUCCGGUAGACGGCGCAUUAUUUCUGGAGUUUUUGCCUUUUGACUCAGGUCACUUGUUGACACUGCUUUCUGUGUGGUGGCCUGUAGGACAAUUAGCUGCUUCACUGCUCGCCUGGGCCAUAAUCCCUACGAGGUCUUGCGAUCUCCAACUCCAGGCCUGCUUUCUGGUUAACGGCAUCCAGCCCUGCUGCAGCACAUCCGACAACAUGGGCUGGCGGUACUUCAUCUUCUCUUUGGGCAUUUUGACACUCUUCAUGUUCGUCUGUCGCUACUUCCUCUUCACUCUCUAUGAGUCACCCAAGUUCUUACUCUCCCACAACCGCCAAGCCGAAGCCGUGUCCGUUAUCCACGCCAUAGCAUACCACAAUAAGUCACAGACAUGGCUGACAGAAGAUAUUCUCAACGCCAUUGGCGGCCAUCCAGAAUCAGCCUCCAACUCUGGCCCCAGCGCAAAGGAGAUAGGCAUGCGUAAAAUGCAAGCCUUCUCCCUUCGUCUCGUCCGUCCACUAUUCAAAGACUCAAAAUUAGCUCUAUCAACAUCCUUAAUCUGGUUCAUAUGGGCAGCCAUCGGCAUGGGCUACCCCCUCUUCAACGCCUUCCUGCCCCAAUACCUCCAACACAUCGGUGACACAGACCCUGAUGACGCACCCGUCUCAACAAAUACGGUCUAUGCCGACUUCGCGAUUACAUCGAUCGUUGGCCUCCCUGGCGCCCUCCUCGCCGGCUACGCCGUAGAUCUGCGUUAUCUGGGGCGACGCGGCACGCUAGCCAUAUCGACGCUGAUUAGCGGUUUGACCAUGUUUCUCUUCACGUAUUCAACCAAUCCAGGCUAUCAAACCUUCUGCUCGUCGCUUGCCGCCUUCUUUCAAAAUAUCAUGUAUGGUGUGCUGUAUGCCUACACACCCGAGGUGUUUCCAAGCCCAAAUCGGGGCACGGGAACCGGGAUUGCGAGUCUGUUGAAUAGAAUUGCGGGAAUGUGCGCUCCGGUCGUGGCAGCGACGGUUGGUGCCAUACAUCCCGCCGCACCUAUCAUCGGGGCGGGCGUAGUGUAUGUGGCAGCAUUCGCAGCGAUGUGUAUUCUGCCGAUUGAAACUAGAGGAAAACAGAGUCUGUAG